AUGGAUUGUCAAUGGCACCAGAAGGAACCGGGGGUAUACCAGCGAACAGCAACCCCGAUGGAGCGCUGGAUGACAAGGGUUACUCAAACUGGCCACGAAUUCGGCAAGGAGCAUUUCAUAAUUUCGGUCGGACUGCAGAUACAGGUGCCAGAAGGGUUCUCGGCGUUUGUGCCAGAAUUACGGCGGGCGUGGGGUAUUUUGCGUCAGCGGCAUUCCUCCAUUGCGAGUUUGCUGGAUCGCAAGGCUGGGAUCUGGCGAUACGUCGUUCCUACCCCGGAAGAUAUUGACGACUGGUUUACCGAAACAUUCAUUGUGGCCCCCUUUGGAACGGCGGCUGGUCCAUUACCAUCACCAGCGCAUCCCCCCAAACGACCGAGGCUCCUGGCGUUGCCGUCUACGAGCCGAAUCAUCUUACAAGCUCCUCAUACAGUCACCGAUGGCAAAGGACUUAUGCUGAUCGCCAGUGAGUUGCUUCGGAUUGCUACCGAAUCGACCAAAACUAAGUCCAGCUAUGAAGCUGUCAACCUCUCUCCUCCGUUCUCCGUAGCCGCUGGUCUUCCGCCCGUCGAUGAAAAUGACAUGCGCCGCGCUGCAUCAGACCUGGAACAGUUUUUGUCUGCAUUACCUGCCAUGGCUCUACCCACGAGGACGGCUGCUGGAAAUGGCCGUAAACGACACCCAGCGCGGACAAGACACGUUCUCCAAGCAUUCUCGGAGCACGACACGCAGUCUUUACUUUCCCGGCUCAAACAGAGAGGGCUUACGGUCACACAUGCUGUCCAUGCAGCAAUCGCCUGCACAACCAAGCGGUUCAACAUAAACCCUUCCUCAGAUAUAUAUGCAGGCGUCCUGGUACUGGAUGGACGUAGUCUAUACCAAGACGAGAGAAACAACCUGAAAACCCCGGGCUCACUCUCCUGCACGGGGUGGUUCCCAACUGUGAAAGUAUCCAGUUUCGAGUCUACUGUAAACGCUUUCAAGGCUGAGUAUACCAAUAUUCAGCGGGAUCGGCGGCUUCCAAACGUGAUCGAUGGGUUGCUCAUGCAAAUGAUGCCGUUUCUCUCUGAAUCGGCGCCGUCUUCCGGCGCCGAUGCCUUGCUGAGCAGUAUUGGUGUUGUUGAGAGCGUGAUUCACCACAAAUAUUCAUUUGUGGAGGUGCUGGAAUUUGAGAUCGGAUGUGAGGUUCUCAAUCCUGCGAUUGAUAUCUUUCUUUACACCUGGCAUGAUCGCGUUAGGUUGGCCGCGUACUACAAUGAGAGCUACUAUGAGGCGGAGACGGUAAUACAGUUCUUGGCGAUGGUGAUUUCUACCUUGAAACGGGAAUUGAUGGUUGAUUGA